GCCGGGAAAGAGGUAAUCAACGCAGUCAACGUUUUGGAUUUUUGUUGUCGGGCCGAAAGAUUCAGUUUUUUUACAUGUUAUAAAUAUCAAAUUUACAAGAACAUGGAUUCGUCUCCAUCUCUAGAGACAGUUUAUCAAGCUGUCUAUACGCUUUACCACAACCCGGAUCCAGCAGAAAAAGAGAAAGCGUCGCAAUGGCUUGGCGAACUCCAAAAAUCGGUAUCAGCAUGGAAUAUCUCCAACGAGCUUCUCCAACAACAACACGAUUUGGAAUCAUGUUACUUUGCAGCGCAAACUAUGCGCACCAAAAUUCAAUUAUCUUUCCAUGAGUUACCUGUUGAUGUUCAUGAAAGUUUACGAGAUUCUCUUAUUUCGCAUAUCAGACAAGUUACAGACACUACCAACACUGUUAUAGUAACACAGUUGUGCUUAGCUCUUGCUGAUCUGGCUCUCCAAAUGUCAACAUGGACUGCUCCAGUAUCGUACCUUAUCAAUCAUUUUCAACAUAAUUUAUGGCCUUUGUUAGAAACUCUGACUGUUUUGCCAGAAGAAGUAAACUCUCGGACACUUCGUCUUGGUUCCAACCGAAGGCAAGAAAUUCUGAAUGAUUUCCAAAAUUCGUCCCCUGCUGUCCUCCAAUUUCUGAAAGCAUGUUUGACAAAUGGAGGUGAGAACCCUCAAAUUCAUAUCCGUAUUCUUCGGUGUUUUUCCUCCUGGGUGUCGAUUCAAGCCAUCACACUUUCAGAAGUUUUGGAAAAUAUUGUUGUUGUUCAUGCAUUUCAGAUUCUUAGUAAUCCAUCGUCUCCAUCAGGUCUUCAUGAGGCAGCCUCAGACUGUGUUUGUGCUCUCCUUCUGUGCCUGGAAGAAAAUAAUGACCAACCACAGCUAGAACAACAUCUGUUCCAAGGUGUAAUGUCACUAGAGGAGGCAUAUCACCAAUCUGUGGCAACAGAGGAUCAGGAAAAAUCAAUGAAUUACUGCAGAAUAUUCACAGAGCUAGCUGAAUCAUUCAAACAAAAAAUGGUUGCUGGCUGCACACCAUCAAGAACACAUUUUGCCCUGAAAAUUCUUGACCUAGUUUUGACUUGUGUAGGGCACCAUGACUACGAGGUUGCUGAAAUAACUUUCAACUUGUGGUACCGACUCUCUGAGGAGUUGUAUGUGAAAAACUUAGAUACACUAACAGUUGUAUUCAAACCAUAUGUGGAAAGGUUAAUAGCAGCACUUUGUCACCAUUGUCAAAUGGAGCCAGAUCAUGACGGCCUCCUAGAUGAAGGAGAUGAUUUUCAAGACUUCAGAAUAAAGGUCUCGGAACUAAUUAAAGAUGUUGUCUUUAUUGUUGGUUCAUCUAAUUGCUUCCGCCAAAUGUUUAUUAACUUGCAAGUACCAGGUGUUACAUGGGAUGCUAGUGAAGCAGCUCUUUUUGUGAUGCAGUCUGUUGCCAAAAAUAUUUUACCAGAGGAAAAUGAUGUUGUGCCAAAAGUUGUUGAGGCUAUUUUGAAUCUCCCUGAGAAUACUCAUUUGGCUGUUAGGCACACGUCUCUUCUUCUCUUAGGAGAACUCUGUGAAUGGAUUGAAUAUCAUCCACAGUCCCUUGAACCUGUGCUUAAUUUUUUGCUGUACUGUCUUCAAAGACCUCCUCUGGCUAGUGCUGCAGCUGUAGCUUUGCAGGCAAUCUGUUCUGCUUGCUGUGAGCAUAUGGGAGUCCAUUUCAACGGUCUUAUACAAAUAGUCCAAAGUCUAGAUACAUUUAACAUGUCAAAUCAAGCAGCUAUUGGUCUACUAAAAGGUGUAGCAGUAAUUUUAGGCAGAUUACCAACAGACCAAAUUACUCCACGUAUGAAAGAAAUUUGUUUCCUUCAGGUUCAACCAUUGUGCGAGCUCCUUGAGAGUGAUGUCAAGGUUCAAAAGGCCACAAGAACAGACCCAGUUUAUUGGUUAGAUAGACUAGCUGUCAUAUUCAGAAACACAAGCCCAUCUGUGCAAAAUGGAACUGUACACCCGUGUCGAGAUGUUCUAACAGAGGUCUGGCCUGUUCUUUCCAAAACAUGUGAUAAGUACCAAGAAGAUUCUAGAGUUAUGGAACGUGUUUGCCGAUGCCUUAGAUAUGCUGUCAGAUGCGUUGGCAAGCAGGCUGCUCACCUCCUGGAACCCUUAGUCAAACAAAUGGUGUCUUUAUAUGUUCAACAUCAGCACAGCUGCUGCCUUUAUUUAGGUUCUAUUUUGGUUGAUGAAUAUGCUAGUGAGUCUGGUUGUGUUGUUGGGCUACUUGAAAUGCUUGAAGCAUUUAUUGGUCCUACAUUCACAAUUCUGCAAGAAGGUGGAUGGGAAAAGGGUUUAAGAGAUCACCCUGAUACAGUGGAUGAUCUUUUCCGUCUCUGCGCUAGAUUUUUACAACGUGCUCCUGUUCCAUUCCUUCAGUGCAAUUCUUUACAAGGGAUCAUUAGUUGCGCUCUUCUGGCUGUAACUUUAGAUCAUCGUUAUGCCAAUGCUUCAGUAAUGAAAUUCUUUUACGACCUGAUCCAUUGUGGCCGAAAUAAUGAGUCAAAAGAAGAUUUUGCUACACGACAAAGUUUGGUGUUAGCAAAAGUUCGCGAGAAUGGACAGAUAUUGACAGCCAGACUACUCCAUGCAUCUGUGUUUUAUUUACACUCAUACAUGCUUUCUGAUGUAGCUGAUGUUAUUGUUGAGCUGAUUCAAACUGACGGUGAUUCCAUGAAUAGUUGGCUUCAACAAGCUUUGGAAGAACUAAACACCAAUGCGCAAGGUCACCACCUGACAGCAACAAGCCAGCAAAUAGUUGACUUCCAUGCAACUAUUAUGAAGGCUGAAGGAACCAAACAAGUGACAUAUUGUCUCAAAGAUUUUACCAGACUCUUCCGCUAGAGCAGCUUUUUAAAUUUUUAUUUUAUUAUGAAAUUUGGAUGAAAUUGUGUGUGCAGAGAAUCGGCCGAACAGACACUGUUGUGAGACGUUUAUAAUUUGCUUUAUAUUACAAUAUUUUUGUAAAUCAGAGCUGUGACUCUUUGUUACAGCUUUCUUUCUGACUGAUGCAAGUGUUGCAGCUUAAUAUGUUGUUGCUUUUUUUUAUUCAUUAUACAAUAAAUUUUGUAGUCUUCCCUUGGGAAUAUAUGUCUUGUUAACACUGCUUGGAGAUAUCCAUGCACUUGUUCUAAAAGCUCUCUAUUAAUUAUAUUGUCUAUUUAUGCCCAGCAGCAUAUUUGGCCAGAGAAAUUUGGACGUGGUGGUUCAUACAUAAAAAAUGUUUUUUGUGAUAAAAUUCAAUAAGACAACCUUGUAGGAUCAUUAAAUAUUAUUUUGAAUAUGAUUGUAGAGUGCUCAUUAAGAAUUCUUUUCCUUUCAAAUUAAAGCAGUAUUUGGGUUACUUGAGCUCGCAUGGAAAUUGUUAAUGUAAUAGUAGUACAGAAACAUAAUUCUUUUUGAUUUUAUUUUCAAGAUUUAAAAAUGUUUCAUGUUAAAUUUUGGUUGAAUUUCAAGUUGCAAGUAAUGAACAGCAGUGUCUUUAAGGGAAUCUCCGCUUUUUUGGCUAGCUGCAACCACCUAAUUGAAGCACUGAGCACCAUUUGUUAUGUAAUCCAUUAAAUCAAAUUGAUCAUCAGUUCAGUCAGAAUAAAACCCUUUUAAACAGAAAGUACUAAAGACAUUUUGUUGCAUUUCUUUGUAAAUAAACGUUCUUAUCUCUAUAGUUUGGUUUAUAUUUAUUGUAUAUGAAAUUUAGAAAAUUAUUUUUGACUGAUAAAUGUUGGAGUUAUGAUGAAUGUAAUUAGAAACUAUUUAUUUCAGUUGAGAAAGCCUGUGUAAAGAACUAUUUUGUACCACCUUAAAGCAGUGCUUCUUGUUCUGAAACUCAGAAGAGAAUUUUAUAUUAAAAACAGCAAUUCAGCAGUAGUGAUUGUAAUUGUUGGUGUUUUGUUCUUGACCAGUAAAAUCGUCAUUAAUCUGC